AUGGAUGCCUGGACGCUGGCGCGUCUGCUGCAGUCCACCAUCCUCGACGCCAAGGACGAGCUCGAGGAGAGACUAGAAAGAUGCGUUGGCAUCCUGACUUCACUGACCAGUGGGCUGUCGGAGAGAGAAGCCAACGAUGCCUUGAACGCGCACGUGUGUAAAGGCCCUCCUCAGCACGAGGAGAUCUGCCUGGGCCUCUUCACCCUGGUCCUCACUGAGCCCACGCAGGCGCAGAAGUGCUACCGGGACCUGGCUCUGGUGAGCAGAGAUGGCAUGAACAUUGUCCUGAACAAGAUCAACCAGAUCCUCAUGGAGAAGUACUUGAAGCUGCAGGACACCUGCCGGACGCAGCUGGUGUGGCUGCUGCGGGAGCUGGUGAAGGGUGGCGUGCUCGGUGCCGAUGGUGUCUGCAUGACCUUCAUGAAGCAGAUAGCAGGCGGGGACGUGACGGCAAAGAAUAUCUGGCUGGCAGACAACGUCCUUGACAUCCUGACGGAGCAGAGAGAGUGGGUGCUCAAGAGUAGCAUCCUGAUCGCCAUGGCAGUGUACACUUACCUGCGACUCAUUGUGGACCAUCAUGGCACCCCACAGCUCCUGGCCCUGCGCCAGAAGGAGGUGGACUUCUGCAUCACCCUGCUCCGGGAACGGUUCAUGGACUGCUUCAUGAUUGGCCGGGACCUGGUGAGGCUCUUGCAGAAUGUUGCUAGGAUACCGGAGUUCGAGCAGCUCUGGAAGGACAUCGUCCACAACCCGCAGGCCCUGAGUGCCCAGUUCACAGGCGUCCUGCAGCUCCUGCAGUCGAGGACAUCUCGCAAGUUCCUGGCCUGUCGGCUCACCCCUGACAUGGAGACCAAGUUGCUCUUCAUGACCUCCCGGGUGCGGUUCGGGCAGCAGAAGCGGUACCAGGACUGGUUCCAGCGGCAGUACCUGUCCACCCCAGACAGCCAGUCGCUGCGCUGCGACCUCAUCCGCUACAUCUGUGGCGUAGUCCACCCAUCCAACGAGGUGCUCAGCUCUGACAUUCUGCCACGCUGGGCCAUCAUCGGCUGGCUGCUCACCACCUGCACAUCCAACGUCGCAGCUUCCAAUGCCAAACUCGCCCUGUUCUAUGACUGGCUCUUCUUCAGCCCUGAGAAGGACAGCAUCAUGAACAUCGAGCCUGCCAUCCUGGUGAUGCACCACUCCAUGAAGCCCCAUCCUGCCAUCACGGCCACACUGCUGGACUUCAUGUGCCGGAUCAUUCCCAACUUCUACCCCCCACUGGAGGCCCAUGUCCGGCAAGGCGUCUUCAACUCCCUCACACACAUCGUGGAGAAACGCGUCCUCGCGCACCUGGCUCCCCUGUUUGACAACCCCAAGCUGGACAAGGAGCUCCGGGCUAUGCUGAGGGAGAAGUUCCCCGAGUUCUGCAGCUCACCCUCGCCUCCCAUCGAAGUCAAAAUCGAGGAGCCGGUUUCCAUGGAAAUGGACAAUCACAUGUCUGACAAGGAUGACAGUUGCUAUGACAACGCGGAGGCGGCCUUCAGCGAUGACGAGGAGGACUUGAACAGCAAAGGGAAGAAGCGGGAGUUCCGGUUCCACCCAAUCAAAGAGACCAUUGUCGAGGAGCCUGUCGACAUCACGCCCUUCCUGGACCAGCUGGACGAGUCUUUGAAGGACAAAGUCGUGUUGCUUCAGAAGGGCAGCGACACGGAAGCCCAGUGUGAGGUCAUGCAGGAAAUCGUGGAUCAAGUCCUGGAGGAGGACUUUGACUCGGAGCAGCUCUCAGUGCUGGCCUCCUGCUUGCAGGAGCUCUUCAAGGCACACUUCCGUGGGGAGGUUUUGCCAGAGGAAAUCACAGAAGAGUCUCUGGAGGAGUCGGUCGGGAAGCCGCUUUACCUAAUAUUUAGGAAUCUCUGCCAGAUGCAGGAAGACAACAGCGGCUUCUCCCUACUGCUAGAUCUCCUGUCCGAGCUCUACCAGAAGCAGCCCAAGAUCGGCUACCAUCUCCUCUACUACCUGAAAGCCAGCAAAGCAGCUGCUGGAAAGAUGAACCUGUACGAGUCCUUUGCCCAGGCCACGCAGCUGGGGGACCUUCACACGUGCCUCAUGAUGGACAUGAAAGCCUGCCAGGAAGAUGACGUGCGGCUGUUGUGCUACCUUACCCCCUCCAUAUACACAGAGUUCCCAGAUGAGACCCUGCGGAGCGGGGAGCUGCUGAACAUGAUUGUGGCUGUCAUCGACUCGGCCCAGCUGCAGGAGCUGGUGUGCCACGUGAUGAUGGGUAACCUGGUGAUGUUCCGGAAGGAUUCGGUGCUCAACAUCCUGAUUCAGAGCCUGGACUGGGAGACGUUUGAGCAGUACUGCACCUGGCAGCUCUUCCUGGCACACAGCAUCCCCCUGGAGACCAUCAUCCCUAUCCUGCAGCACCUUAAGUACAAAGAGCACCCUGAGGCGCUGUCUUGUUUGCUGCUGCAACUGAGGCGAGAGAACAGCACACAACUCCACGUAGAUGCCAUCAGCAAACAAGGUGCCGCCUGCACUGGGCCUGCCAGUCGGCACAAGGCAAACGUCCCAGGCUGUGUGGUCACGGCUGGGCGUGUGGGUGCUGGCAGACCCAGUGAGGAGAUGGUGAAGAUGGUGCUGAGCCGGCCCUGCCACCCUGACGACCAGUUCACCACCAGCAUCCUGCGGCACUGGUGCAUCAAACACGAUGACCUGCUGGCCGAGCACAUCAAGUCCCUGCUCAUCAAGAACAACAGCCUCCCGCGCAAACGCCAGAGCUUGCGCAGCUCCAGCAGCAAACUGGCCCAGCUGACCCUGGAGCAGAUCCUGGAGCACCUGGACAACCUCCGGCUCAACCUGACCAACACCAAGCAGAACUUUUUCAGCCAGACGCCUAUCCUGCAGGCGCUGCAGCAUGUCCAGGCCAGCUGUGAUGAGGCCCACAAGAUGAAGUUCAGUGACCUCUUCUCCCUGGCGGAGGAAUACGAGGACUCUUCUAGCAAACCACCCAAGAGCCGCCGGAAAGCCACCCUGUCCAGCCCGCGCAGCCGCAAGAAUGCAGCGCAGCCCGCCAACAACGAGGAGGAAUCGGCCUCCAGCAGUGCCUCGGAGGAAGAGGACACCAAGCCCAAACCUACCAAACGGAAACGGAAAGGCUCGUCGGCCGUUGGCUCGGGCAGUGACUCAGGCUCCCACGGCCCUGUGCUGGCAGCAGCCCGCCAAGGGCCUGGAGCGGCCCAAGCCACGGCCUGGAAGGCAGCACUGGCAGCUCGUGUCUCCGCGCCACUCCAUGCUGCGCUGGGAGGGCACCCGCCCGCUGCCACUUUUAACCCUUUUUAACUGCGGAGCUGGGGUAGGGGCUGGCACCACUGCCGCUCUCCGGGCACGGGGCCGUUCCCCAUCUGCCUCCAGCUCCAGCCCCAGGGGCCCUGCCGGGCCCCGCAGCCGCGGCAGGCAUGGGCAGGGGCCCCGGCCCUAUCAGAUGCCCCCUAUUUUCAUACGAAGACUGUAAAUAAAUGCUGAGAACCGCC